UUCUUGCUUCGGGGGCUUCUUUCUUGUGAUGAAACUGAGGAACCGUAUGAAUAUAUUUCAGUAAUUUUUUUUUUUCGAUAAAAUCUUUGAAAAUGUGUCUUGUAUCCCAAGCUACAUAGAUAUAGAAUCAGGGGCUUCGCAAUACGAUUCUCGCAAAGAUGAUAUCUCCAACGCAGAUCUCCGAAGGCCGAGGAUCUCAGAAUUCUGCUUCAUUCAGGGAAACUCCAUUGCAGAUUAUCCAUAUUAUUGGCAAUUUCAUGAGGAUCUGGUCAGUUUACUCCAUGUACCGAUUUUUGUCUCAGACUGGAGCAUCAGUUGUCCUGUUUAUUUUCAGUUGUCUGAUUCCAUCAUCAGUCAUAUUUUUAGCUUUGCAAAAGCCCUGGAAGGGCAGACCCCUCACUAAUGCACAGGUAGUACCUUCGAUAAUAAAUGGUGGCAUAACAGCUUUAUACUUCAUCUUGUGGGGCAAGGGCCUUAAAUCCUGUGGCCCAGUCAGAGCUAUUUUGGCUGAGUAUUCUGGUGCUGUUCUUGGAGUCUUAUCAGCACUUUUGUAUGGUUGGAAGGGCCAUAUCUGGAAAAAGGUGGGCGGGCUCAUUGCGAUGCUUACAUCUUUCUACUUCUUAUCUCUAGGGUGGGCUACAGCCACAUCUUCUCCAUUUUCAUUUAAAGAUAUCCUUGAUACUGAGAAUCGGACAGAACGAGUUUUGGGGAUGAAGGAAAUGGCAAUCCCUAUCUUUGCUGGAAUUUUGUCUGCAUUGAGAAGGGUGAUUGCACGGCGUGUUUCACUCAAGAACCAACUCAAAAGGCGGCUUCAUGCAAUAACAACUGCUUCUGCUACAUGUUUUCUAUUUCCUGUGGCCAUGUGGGACAUGAUUAUAGGAACAUCAUCCGAAGGCAGCAGACAGUUACCAUUUUCUACUUGGGCGUAUUUGAGCACCAUUCUUUUUGGAAUUAUCUUGAUAUUCUAUGUUGACAGUAUCGCAGAGGAGAGGUUGCAUAUGGUUUUUUCUUCUCCAAGGCAUUUAAUGGUAGCUGGAGGAUGCAUCAUUGUCAUGGAGAUUGUGUACAAAAUGGAUUUUUCUCUACCAGGCUUUCUGAUUUGCUCCAUAAUUUUAGGCUUUGGGAUAUUUGAAGCCACUUCUUUGGAUCGUAAUAGGAAAGGUUCUCAAACUCCAGAUCUAUCAAAUGAAAUUUUAGGGGACCAAAUUCAGAUGCAUUCGCUUCCAACUUGAAAUAGGGACCAGGAAGAGGUGGGGGGAAGAAAAAGGGAUUUUCAGGCGUAGCAUUUUGAUUGGGUUAUCUAUACCACAAGCAGUUCUACUGUCAGCAUUUGUUGCAGAAGCACUGGUUCUGUUUAGUCCUAGUUAUAAUCAUAACCUUCCUCAAAAAUCAGCAGUAAGAAAACUGCAUAUCGUCCACUGCCUGCUGAGGACACUCCUAAGGAAGUUCCUGAUUUUUUCAGUGUAGGGACUCCCAGGUAGAUUAGUGAUGUUUGGAUGUUCAGACCUUGACAUGGCUCAGAAAUGGAGUGAAUCUUGAAACCAUGCAGUGUUGUUCCCAUGGAGUGGAUGGCUACCUGCUUAGACUGUUUUACUAUAGAACUGACCAGUGUCAAGGGUUUAAGAGGUAAAUUCCGGUGGAUUAAUCUCUAAUUAACUGAUAGGUGAAGACUUGGUGAAUGUUUUGGACUAUUAAUCACCAAAUCCAUAUUCCUUUUUAACUUAUCUCUGGACCCUCAGUGAUGCAAUGUGUUUGCCCUUUUAGUGAAGUUUUCUCAUUCUGUUGGGUUAAAAAUUCAUUAAUUUGUCCUUGGUGUAUUUAUUUUGUCAUUACAGAGAAAACUUAACCGAGAAUGUGUAGGAAUGAGGCCCAUGAUUCCAUA